CGCGUGCUGUCCAUCGUCUUCAGUACUUUGCUGCUGGGACGAGCUAUUGCAGCUCGUGGACACACAGAAGUCAAGGUAGAACUGCAGAUGGAGAGAUGGGCUGCUCGCGGUGGCUCAGUCAGACUACGCUGCGUGCACGAUGUACCGCCCCACUUGCUGGACAAAGUUGUCUUCCUACGCCACGGCACCAAAAUCUUCCAAUACAUAAGGGAUCGAAAACCACCCUAUAGGAACUUCACUACACCUGGAGCUGUGCUCAAAAUUGCUCUAGCGACUGAGAACUCCAUAAUCCUUCAAAACUUGGACUUCGCAGCCAGCGGCGGCUACUCCUGCGAAGUGUCACUUGACACUCCUAUCUACACUAAGGCAUCUAGCGAGAAACAACUCACAGUUUUCCAUCCGCAAAAACAUCAUCCACGUAUCGACUUCCCCACUCGGUACCUAAGUUUCGGCGAAAUAUUGAAAACGAACUGCACAACCGCGCCUGCGCUGCCGGCCCCGCACAUCACAUGGUUUAUAAAUGGGAAAAAGAUGGAUGAACUGGUUGCACAUUCACACAAAUUUCGUGUUCCCAUGAGUGAGCGUAACGGGCGGAGAGGUCUACAGAGGGUUCUUGAACAAGAGUCCUAUCUCAGCACCGACCCCUCCAUCCUCACCCUCACGCAUGUCUCUCACGUUGCCACUAGACCACCCGGAUGCAUGCUUAAGGAGGCAUUCUACCAGGCAGAAUCAUUAUCGGAUCUCGAAGAAACCAACAUGGUACAGGGUGUCAGCCGUCACAGAAGUCGGAGGCCGAAUCGAGGCCGUGAACUUUACGUGACAAUAUCGGAACUGCAGUUGGUCGCUACAGGAAGACUUGAGGUCACUUGCGUCAGCACCAUCCCUGAGUUCAGGAGCAUUGACGACAAGUUCGCGGACGUCAGAAACGACACCGUCAUAGUGGACGUCAUUAGGCCCUCAGUCCACGCAGAGCCUUCAACCAAUGACACCAUACAAGGUCCGAGCACUUCGAAAGGCAGCAUAGCAUUAAUACCUCUAAUUUUAGAAUUCAUAAUAAUUAUUUUACACAUUGUUUGA